AUGAGUACAGAAGAGUUGUCACAGCCACAGCUUGUGCGCCGUUUUACAUCUGAACUCAAGGAUGACUCCGAUUUAGCAAUUCAGACGAAAGCAUUUCAAGAGGACAUGGACAAACAAAUUGAGAUAAGAGAGAAGAUGCGUAUGGAUCAUGUCAGUGAUAAGGGAAAGAUAAAAGAACAAUCAGUUGGAGGACUCGAGAUUGCACGUCAGGCUCUUCAGUCUCAAUGUGAAGAAUUUUUCAAAUCAAUAGAACAGAAAGAUGAGGCAGAUAAAAAGAAAUCGAGCGUUCGCCGUAUGUUCCAUCGAAACAGCACAGAACAAAAGCUGGCUCAGGAGAUGCGUAACCGAGGACAGUUUACGGUGGAUCAAGUCAGUUCUAUGGCCACUGAACUUGAGGAACAGUGGAAUGAAUCAAAUAGCAAGGUCGCAACGAACUUUAUGAAAAUCUGUCAGAAACUCAACGAUCAUAAACAAAUAUUUCAAUGCUUCCCGAGUCAGUCUGACUAUACGUCUGCACUAUGUGGUGCUGUCACGAUGAUCGUUCAAGCCUCAAUUAACUACGCAACAAUCGCUGAAACUCUGUCGGGAUACGUAGCAGAGUUAUCAGACCGCAUUUCUAUUUGCACAAACUGGCUUGAUCUAUACACAAAUGUGGAUAUGAAGGAAAGGCUAUGUGGAAUUUAUGAGCAGUACUUUAAGUUCUUCACCAAAGUUGCGACUUGGUACAUGAAGCCCAAGUCUUCCAAAAUAUUCGACUCAUUCAAUUCCAACUUCACGACAAGCUACCAGGGCACAAAAACAAAAAUACAAACUUCUAUCCAGCUUCUCAGGGAGCAGGGGGAGAUCGAGAAUGCGCGCCAAGUGACAAAUAUUAUGCCCGCAUUGGCCUACUCAGCCGCAAGCAUCAUAAAAGAAGUUAAAGAAGCCCGAAACGCAAAUAAUGAUGUUGGGGGGAAAAUGUAUCAGCUCUUACUUCAGCUGGAUGGACGCUUGGAACGCCUAGAGAGUACACAACUACCAAGACUCCACGAGACUUCAGGUGAUACAUCUUCCGAGACAUCUUCCAUAGAGGGAUACGAGCCAACAGAAGUUCUAAGAAUCACUGGUGGUAUCAGCCGAGCCGAGGCCGAGGAACUAUGCCAAAGCCUCGACCUACAAUCGCUGAUCAAUCAAGUGGGUGGUAGUGACGGCAUCGAGCCAGCUCGUCAAGCUGGACGACUUGUCGCAGAGCCUAAUAUAAUCCACACACUCGGAAGAUGGACACAAUCUACGUGCGGUAAUGAUCUCAUCCUAUGGAUCAUGAGCCCUUACGAGCCAGGUCCACAGACUAGUGCGGAGCUCGCAGCAUAUGGAGUCAUCUGGACAGCAAUUCAAGCCAAAGCGCAGUUCGUGGCUUACACUUGUCAUCGACCCCGACCUGGAGCAGUACCUGGGUAUCAGAAUCUCGAAGGCAAAGCUGCAGUUCUUGCGAUGGCUUAUAGCCUGAUACUCCAAUUACUACAGUUCCAGCCACCCGGUGAUGAAUUAUUCCUGCAGCGAGAAAUGAUCGAUCAACUCACUCAGCCAGGGGAACGUUGGACCUCCAGUUUAGCACUGCUGAAACAUCUUCUCGCAAAUACGCCUACGCUGAGAUAUUUCAUUGUCUCAGGAAUCAAUUUGCUGGAAAGUGAAGCGCAGGAGAUGUGCGAGGAAUUUGUGGACUUACUACUCUCACAUGUCAGAAAUGCCGAUUCGCCUUUACGGAUACUCUUCACCACCUCUGGACAGUCAAGGACACUGUUCGACACUGUGUCAAUCGAGAGCAAGGUUUCCUCACAGAAUACGUUCCGUCGGGCGAAAGGAAGGAGAUUGUACCACGAUGUUGAAAUGCCCAGCUAG